AUGGCUACAACCACCAAUUACGCGACUACAAAAACUUCCACCAGACAAAUUUUACCACUUGCUUAUUCUCAACCACGCCCAAAUAUUUAUGCAACUCCUAACCAUAACGUUAAUACAUCGUAUACCUCACGUAGUUCAACGCGACAUG